AUGGCGGCUUCGAGCACGGAUCAUGCUGCGGACAGAGGAGAGGCUGAACCCGAGCCGGACACCAGUGUCUUGGCGGGACAUGCACCGAUCGUAAAGAGAGAGCCAGAAGUGAAACUCUUAAGUCCGGCGUCCGGCAUGGAACCGCUCUCCUGGUCAGAAGACCACAGAAUAUCUGCCUCUUGUACAAAUAGUGUUUCUCUCAUGGAAAUAGUGUGCGACAUUCACAGCUAUAGCAGAGACAUGGUCAUUCAUCGAACCUCCAUCCCCGUGCCUGAAGACGUCUGUGUGCUACAGGUUGGGCCCGAGCAGGAGGUGCUGGAGGCGAAGGAGAAGUUGGCCAGCUCCCGGGACCCGGCGGUGAGCCAGGUCUUCAAGCUGGACCGCAGCAUGAACCCCACCACGGGCACGCUGCCCCCCAUGAGGGGCACCAAGUACACCUGCUGGUCCCCGCUGGGCUGCGACGCCACCGGCCGCUGCCUCCUGGCCUGCCUCACGCUGGACAGCCGGCUGGCCGUCUACGGCAGCACCCACAGGCAGAGCUGGGAGCUGCUGGUGGACCUCACCCAGCUCUACGGCCAGAUGCUGGCCGAGAAGGGCUACUCGUUCCCGGGGGCCGAGCCGCCCGCGGGCCGCCUGGACGACCCGGCGGAGCUGCAGAGGCGGCACCGCAUGCAGGCGCCCGUGCGGAUGGAGUGGUCCAGCGUCUGCUCCACGCAGCAGGUGCAGACCAACAACGAGUGCAAGGACGUGGGCACGGUGCUGCUGGCGGUGCUGAUGGAGAACGGGGACCUGGCCGUCUGGCACUUCUCCCUGCCCUUCCUGGGCGGCGGGUCGGUGGUGUCCUGCAGCGCCCUGCGCUCCGGCGUGGCCCAGCCCAGCGCGCUGGCGUGGUGGGAGUACGAGCACGGCGGCCGCAAGAUGAGCGGCCUGAUCGUGGGCAGCCUGGCGGGGCCCGUCAAGAUCCUGCCCGUCAACCUGAAGGCGGUCAAGGGCUACUUCACGCUGCGGCAGCCCGUGGUGCUGUGGCAGGAGGCCGACCAGAUCCCCGUGCACAACAUCAAGUGCGUGUCGCUCUUCCACCCGCAGCAGAAGUGCAGCUGCAGCCUGGUGGUGGCGGCCCGCGGCCCCUACCUCUUCUGGUGCCUCCUGCUCAUCUCCAAGGCCGGCCUCAACGUCCACAACUCGCACGUCACCGGACUGCACUCGGCGCCCAUCGUCUCCAUGGCGGCCGGUCGCCACGGCGGCGCCGUCUACACCUACGCGUCCGACGGCGCCCUGAAGAGGCUCACCCCCGUCUUCACCGACCUGGCCGUGACCUUCCGGCAGGACACGCUGGAGCUGCCCGAGCGGGUGGCCGGGAUGAGGAUCCACGGCCUGGCCCUCAGCCCGAACGGGGCCUACCUGGCGCUUCUCACCGCCGAGGGCACCCGGAACUGGCAGCACCCCGUGAACCAGAACUUCCGGGUCCAGUUUGUGGCGCUGAAGACCGCAGACGGGGCGGCGGCCGAGCUGAUGGAGUCGCGGGUGCAGAGCCUGUACCGGCAGGCCGACCUGCUGGACCUGGUGCGCUGGAGGGUGGUCCAGGACAAGCGCAUCCCACCCGGCCUGCAGGAUGAGCUGGACGAGAAGGUGCACCAGUCGGGCUGCGCCUACCUGUGGCGCUUCAAGCUCUUCCUGUGCCGCGUGCUGUAUGCAUCGCUGCAGAAGGCCCCCGCCCAGGCCAGGUGGCGCCCGGCGGCCGAAAACGCCGCGGGGGAAGAGGCGGAGGAGGGAGGUGGAGGGGCGGAUGGAGGUGGAGCUGGGGAGGAAGGCGGGGGCCCCUCGGAGAGCGCAGAGGCCCAGGGGCAGGAGGGCGAGGUCUCGGAGGAGCAGGUGGGGGAGAUCACGGCCUGGAUUGAGGCCAUGGAGACCCACCUGACGCGGGAGCACAUGAAGAGCGUGCUGGGGGAGGUGUAUCUGCACACCUGGAUCACCGAGAACACCAGCAUCCCCACGCGGGGCGUCUGCGACUUCCUCACCAGCGACACCACCUACGAGGACAGGGCGGCUAAGGUGCUGAUUGGUCACAUCUUUAAGAAAAUGAACAAGCAGACAUUCCCAGAGUACUGCAGCCUGUGUAAGGAGGUGCUGCCCUUCACGGACCGGAAACAGGCCGUCUGCAGCAACGGCCACAUAUGGCUCAGGUGUGUGCUGACAUACCAGGCCUGUCAGUCGCUCAACUACAGACGCUGCCUGCUGCUGGACAGCAUCGCAAGGCACCCCGUGCCCGAAGACCCAGACUGGAUCAAGCGGAUAUUACAAGGUCCCUGCACCUUCUGCGACUCCCCGCUCUUUUAGACUGGGUUCUGGUCUGGCUCUGGCCUGGGUCGUGCCGGGUUCUGGCCUGGGUCAUUCUGCCUUCUUGGACUGAAUGGGACGCUGUGAAAAGCAGUCCCCACCCUCCACACCAUAUUAAUGUGAUUGCUGACGUAGGAAAUGAGCACACCUUCCCAGCUCCACACCGCAUCCCCUACGGUCAGUUACAGAGCUCUCCCCAUUUUAAACAUCACAAAUAGGGAGGGCUUCUCCCCAUUAUCUCCAGCAGUGCGUUUGGAACAUUGGCACCGUAAACCAAUCGAUGUUGGGCAAAAAAAAUGUAUAAAUACAAAAAUAUAAAAUGUUGCUCACUGCAUGAGCUCAAGGAACAGGACCCCAGGCCAAUUAGUGAAGUGACAGAGAGAUGGGGAGCUGUGUUUUAAACCCAAUGCCCCCCACCCCCCAAUGGGCCCAGCCCCUAAUGAGAUUCUGCUAUAAUGAGGGACAGUGUGGGUCGAACCGCCAGAUGCAAUACUAAUUUUAAUUAAAGGGGGGUGAGAGUGCACAUUGUUAAAUAUAAUUAACCCUUGUUUGAGAACACGGGUCGGGGGAUGUUUCAGGUCGUCGCGGGUGUUAGCGGCUCUUGAUGAAAGACAGAACCUGACCGGCUCUCCCGGUCCCUCACCGUCACUGGGGCUGCUAAACACCCCGCUCUGUCUGGGGGCACAGCAAUGAGACGCAUCGCCUCCUGCUGGUCGCUUACAGCCAUGUUCGUAUUAGAUCAGUUGUCCUCACUCCUGGUCCUGGAGAGCCGCAGAGUGUGCUGGGGUCCUCACUCCUGGUCCUGGAGAGCCGCAGGGCGUGCUGGGGUCCUCACUCCGGGUCCUGGAGAGCCAUAGGGCAUGCUGGGGUCCUCACUCCGGGUCCUGGAGAGUCGCAGGGCGUGCUGGGGUCCUCACUCCUGGUCCUGGAGAGCCGCAGGGCGUGCUGGGGUCCUCACUCCUGGUCCUGGAGAGCCGCAGAGUGUGCUGGGGUCCUCACUCCUGGUCCUGGAGAGCCACAGGGCAUGCUGGGGUCCUCACUCCUGGUCCUGGAGAGCUGCAAGGUGUGCUGGUUUCUAUUUACUCAGCAUUCAAUUGAUCAAUUAAAGCAGUUAAUCACACAGUUUACUCACCUCACCUGGUUUCUUGUGUCUGAAUUGGUUGCUGAUAUUGAGGCGGAAACAAAAACCAGCACACCCUGGGGCACUCCCAGGACCAGGAGUGAGGACCAUUGUAUUAUUUUAAUUGUAUAAUAAUAUUGUAUAUCGAAAAUUGUCACUUCAAAUGAGCUGUUUUCUCACUGGUGCGGUGAAAACUGGACUUUGCCUGCACUAGCCUAUAUAAACUCAUGUCUACAUUCCACCGACAAUACCCAGGUCACCUGCUUUCAGCUCCUAUUUCUCAGCAAGAUUUUUUAACGUUUUACUAAUACAUGCCUAUGGUGACCUGGGGCAGUUAAAAUUGCCCUUUAAUGAUUUUGUGCAAAUAAAUGUUCUCGUGCAAAAUGGCAAAAAGUAAUUGUUGGCUCAAAGGUGCAAGGUGAUCCCUGUACCUGCUGUUUAGUGUUGGAAUUAGGAGUUGGCUAAGACUUUACAUUCAUAUGACAGUCACUGACGAUUGCCACAAUACUGAUGGUCUAAAAAUGCCUGGGACCUGUGGAUUCCCAUAUUCUGUGGGCCGUGAUUGGCUCUGAAUGGUUGUCACAGUAACAAGUCCCGCCUCCUCUGACACUCUGACACAUAGUCUCUUUAUCUGUCUCACCCUCCUGAUGUCACCUAUCCUCUAUGCAGUCAGUAUUUGCACAUUUGCACAUAAGGCUGCAAUCACAGACUUGUCCAUCUCCAUUGUGAUACUAGACGUUAUGACUCUGGACCAGUUUCACAGACACAGAUCUUAGUCCUAGACUAAAUUCAAUGUUUAAUGGACAUUCUCCAUAGAAAACUCAAUCACUCAAACUAAAAAAGUCCAGGACUAAGAUUAAUCUGUCUGUGAAACUGGCCUUUUGUGUUUUUUUUUCGAUUUUCAUAUCAAACUCUUGCUUGGAAAGCAGCGCAUUUCAUGAAUGAAACUACCUUUCCCAUAAUGCAAUGCCAUAACAUAAGCUGCUUUUGAAAAAGAGAACACGCUAUACAGUGCAGGAUGUGCCACGUUGAGGUCGGAGGUCACAGGAACGAAUGGUGGUGUAUCCAAACGCAUGUCGAGUGCUAACAGGCUCACCAUCCCGUUUCCACCACCAGGAACCCUUGGCUGACAGUAUUUAUCAGUUGCCUUCAUGGUAACCCACUGUCCUGGGCGUACAAUUAUUUUCUUUAAGAUAUUACAGAUAUUACAUAUUUAUUCAGUGAAAUUUCUAUUAAAACAGUCAAGCUGAACCUCCCUCACUUUGAGAAACUGGUUCACUGGUCAGCCUUUUCAAUUAUGGGGCUUCUGCUGAUACCGUAGAAAAACUUGAAUAAACUGAAAUGAGAAUUGACUAUUUGUAGACCCGCAAGUUCUUGAAUUUUGGUGUCUCUGUGUAUAGUAGUGCUUUGCAGGAUUUAAAAAAGAAAAGUGGUUUCUGGUUUUUAGGUGGUUCAGGCGAUUCAUUUUGCUUGAACCCAUAUUAAUGUUGCCAAUCAUUUCUGUUUGUGCUUUUAUUUUAUUGUUAUUUUGUAAAUAAACUUCUGUUCUUGUA